UGAACCGUCCUGCUUCACACUCUCUGUACAUAACUACAUACAUACGGCGAAUGCCCCCUUUAUGCGCACACUUAACGACCUGGUCCUGCCAUCUUCUUGGGGCCCCCGUGGAACCAACGGAACCGUUUGGCAACCACUCACUGGUGUCUGCCUGUUGUGAGCGGGUGUUCGCGUAUAAGCCCGGAUAGCGCGGCCGAGCCAACCAACGGUUAAUAAGUUAUAUGUGCGACACCAAAGCGGGUCUCUUGACACGCGUGUUUGAAACGCAACAGAGAAGGAUCAAGCACGCCGUCCGGACCCAACUGUGCAAUAACGGGAGGCCACCUAUAUCGCCUGUGCAUAGGUACAUACCUUGCAUAUUGUACUGUACAUUAAUCAGCCGGAGAAACGGGAGGAGAUGAUGGAAACAGCGACCCUACAGCCCCCCAAAUCCGGGCGCUCUCGUUUUUCGAAAGCGCUCCCAGCUCCUCCUUCCUUGCCAGCCUUUGACUUUGAGUCGACAGAAGGUGUGAAAUCGCAGUUGGACCUGCCGCAGCUCCCUCAGGUCCCUCAAAUUUCGCAGAAGGGACUCCCCAUUCUCCAGUCCGAUACUCGACUGGGCCCUCUUCCACCGCCCAAGCAAUCGUCCGACCGGGUAGGCGACGGAGAAUCCGCCAUGGCCACGGCAGCCAAGCCCCUGAACUCUCCUCUUCCGCCGUUGCCCUCCAAGUUCGCCGCGCCACCGCCUAUGAGCAUUCCUCGACGACGGCCUGUCCCUUCUUCUGCUUCUGUCCCGGUCCCGACACCAUCGCCCGCUCCGGCCCCGGCUCCUGCUUCUGCUCCGGCUCCCAUCUCUAUCCCAACCCUAGCGCCUCCCGAGGGCACACCCUCUCCUGGCGGUUCUUUCUCCAGCCUCCUUUCUGCCUACUCCAACCACAGCGCCGAUUCCACGCCCCAGUCGUCGACGAACUCGACAAACGACAUUGUCAGCCCCAAGGAGUAUACUGUCUUAUUUUCGACCCUCGAUGCCCAGAACGACAACGGGAAGUACAAAGCCUACACGCCGCCGGCACUAUCCGACCAAAGUCACAAUGCGCAAGAGCACGACGCCAACGCAACGCAAACGCUCGAGGCGCACAGCGAAGAGUUGCCACCUCCACCGCCUUUAAAAGACCCCCAACGCGGGUUCGGGAGGCCCCAGACGCCCACCGGCCUGCGAACCCAAACUCCGCUACCACCACCACCUGUGCAAACAGCUUCUCCAGUAGGAAACGCAUCUCCGCAAGAGCAGUUGUGGCGGAGAAGAUCACUAAAGGCCGACAAGAACAUUGCUGUUCCAGAGCUCAAACUCGUUUCAAGCCACGGCUCCACUGCUGCAUCAGCCCAGGACUUGUCGCAAAGAGACCUCGGUGCCCCGCCGCCACAGUCGACCACACCACCGCCGGGCCAACCCCAAGCAUCCGUGCCGAACCCACCCACCGAGGCUCCACCACGAGGUGCCAAUACCGGAUUGCCAGGACGGAAUAUCCGCCCCGUGGUUUCUAGCGAGCAGCCAGCUUCGCGGAGCGAACCCCCGAGUAUGGGGCAAGCGGCUUCCUGUAUCAAAGAGAGGUUUGAAAGUCGGAAGCAUGUUGUUGGAGGCGACGCUACUGCAAGUGGACGAGAAGCACAGGCACUCGACGCAUCAGCGACGUCGAAUGCUGCAGCCUCUUUGCCCGUCGUUUCCCCGCUCUCUCCUCCGCGACUUCCAUCGCCGGAGAACGGUACAAACGACGUCAAACGCCCGGGACCAGACACAGUCGUAUCCCCUCUCUCUCCAGCAGCAUUGUCGGAAAUGCCUGCCGAUUCUGUGUCGGCCGUGGCCAACAAUACUGCCGGCGCUCCUCAAGCUCAAAUACGUCACGCACAGAGCAGCCCUGCUCUGGCCCAAGGGCCGACUAACCCAGGACUGGCCGUGCGGGCCCCGAUAGGCCUCCCAACAUCUCCGGCGCCGAAUCGGGAACGGGGCGGAGACGUGGCAGCGGCUCCGGUGCGGGCCUCUCCCAAGGGAAGUAAUGAUGUGCAGGCCGUUUAUGCGGGUACCCGUCGAGGGUCGGCAGGGACUGCCGAGAUGCAAAGCCUGAAUUGGGAUCCCAAGCCGAUAUCCGAGACAGGGUCCAUCGAGACGGUAAAGCCGAUGUUCCGACGGCCUGAUAUCUUUGUCCCGAUCGAGGAGCUUCCCUUGAAAGAGCCCGACCCCAACCAACCCGACACGACGGAUAAUCCCGGCGCGGCGCGGUUCCCAAGGAAUUGGUACACGCCUCUGCCACCCGAUCAGAUCUUGGAUGCUCGACCGCUCGAGGAGAAGCACUUUAGGUGCCUCACCAACCACAGGUACAUGACGCGAAGCAGACAGAGAACGAAUCCGAUCGCAUGCAGGACGUGCGGGCACAAGGAUCGCUACGCCGAAUGCUUCAUCUGCAGUGCCUGUCACCUCAACGUUUGCCCGGGCUGCAAUGAGCUGCUGCGGAGGUCCAAGGGUGACCUGGGCCGAGUGUUGGGGCAGAUCAAGGAGAAGCAGGCCGCUGGGCCAGCUAGGCCCCAUGCAGCCGACGAGUCGGCGACUGCUUCUAUCCUUGAGGAGUAAAUCAUAUCGACUGAUUUUAUUCUCACCUUUUAUUCGUUUUGUUACCUUGUAUUUUCUUGGGCAUUUUGGCGUUCCGGGGAUUUCCGACGUUUAAACGGGUUGAAGACGGGGCUACUUCUAAGAUCGGGUUAGAAGAUGAACGGGCGUGGUAAUGUGUACACGGAUGAUGUACGUGAAGCGGUUGGUCACAUACACUAGAGAGAUACGAUACCAUUUGCAUAGGGGACAGGGAGGCUUAUCAUUUCAAUGCCCGGGGCACCGCUGGAGGGAUCGCAGUGUAUAUAAAGAAGUUACAGGUUGGGGCUUCUCAGGAGAUCUGAGAGAGCUCCAAGAGAGCCACUAGAGAAUUGGCAAAUGGAUUGAAACGUUCAAAAC